AUGAACAAAAGCUCUCAUGCUAAAGAAAAACGUUUAAAUUAUAUUGAAGAUAAUGUUUAUAAAUGCAAACGACACUCGUACCAGUAUAAUCUUGAUAUUGAAGAGAAAAUCGAUGAAAAUAUGUCGCAAACAAUAGUUGACUUAUGUGCUACGGUUGAUAUACAAUUACAUCGUUCUGACAUUGAAUUAUCACAUCCUUUGGGUAGUAUAAAAAUUAAAAAACAUUUACAAAACAGUCAAAAUAGAACGGAAUCAAAACCCUUGGCACGUGUUGUGAUUGCUAUGGUACAUCGUCAAGAAGUAAGAAAAAAACUUUUAAUAGUACGUAAAGCACUUCAUCAAAAGCUGGUGUAA